AGAUCAGCCUUGUACAUGAGGACGCACAACUGCAAUGCGUUUUGACGCCGACUGUAGAAGUUAAAACGCGUUGCAGUUGUGCUUCCUCAUGUACAAUGCUGAUCUGCUCCAAUAUGUAUAUUUUCUGUUAACAGUUCACUAAAAUGUAUUGCAACGUACUGGCUGCCUAAUCAUCUUUUUUUCUUCUUCAAUAGUGGACAUUCCAUCUUAGACAUUCCUAAAAAAAAUGACCUGUGUUCAUCAUUUUACAUGUACUCUAUCAUUAUGCAGUUCCAAUUUGUUUUCUGCGCAAGGUUUAUUAACCAUAUUUGAGUGGUAAAACAAUUCUGUGCCGAUGUCUGCACAUUUUGAUUGCACUUUAGUAAUGAAAUUGCCUUCACUGCUUAAAAUUUGCAAAAGCAUGUCUUAUUCUGUUCCCUUGUAUAGAAAUAUGUCAGUGUUCUUUAGAACUAUUACAUUCUGGAACUUCCAGUGGCUGUCAGUUGAAAUCUGUUUCACAGUAACAUCAGUCUAGUUAGAUCACAAUUCAUUUCCUAACAAUUGAGUUGCAUAAAUUGCCCACAUCUUUGGUUUUGGCAUUCAAAAUGUGUUUUAAUAUUAAACCACUCCACAAAAUGUUUUAUUUGCUCCAAUUAUGAAUAUUCCGUGUGAUGUGGAGACCACUGAAAUGGAGAGAAUUUUUUGGGUGGUAAUAAUCACUUUGUCAUGGAUUAUAAUAAUUUAAGUCAUGUCUUAGGCAACCUUUUCAAAUGCCAACCUCAGCCUAUUCCUUAUUUGUUUACUGGUUGUUAAAUUGGGAUACUGUAAUACCAUUCGGGUUUAGUUUUGUGUGGCCUUUGUGACUUUCGUAGCCUGUUUUAAUGCUGUUGUCAGUAUUUGUGGCAGAAAAUUAGUGACAAUGGCGCAAAUAUUAGUCUGCCUUAGUUGUUUUGUAGGCCUAUAGUCCAUUCCAAUUAAAGUACAUGUUAUGGUUAUAAGAACUCAAUUGAAUAACGUCAACCUACUGUAUUGAUAUAUAUUUGAAAUACAAUAUGCAAUGACAGUCCAUUUCACUAGAGAACCACUCCUGCAGCUUUGUUAGUCGAGGAUAGUCGCUAACGUUAUGUUUUCCUAAUACUUUCUGCUUUAAAACUGAAGAGUCCCACAUUUUGGUGUUGAUAAUUACUAUUCAUGUGCCAGUAUUAAGACAAUCUUUAAUUCUGGGUGUUUUGGGUUUGAUUUAAUGUUGCAGUUUUACAUUGGCAUCAGUACUUUAUCUAAGCACUAGGGGGCAAUGUAGUGACAUGGCAAUGGACUAAAAUGUCACUAGCAACGAGUCAGAGGACAUGUAGUCAGUAUUUUCAGUGCAACAACAAAACAUCCAAAUAUGAAAGUGCCCUUGUAGAAACCCUUGCCAGAGUUGAAAUAUUCUACCAGUCCUGAUCCUCAAGACUUAAUCAUAGUCUCAGUGAUUUUUUUAGUCCGCUAUAGGGUGACAAUGUUAAAUGGAUGCCUGGAGGAAAGUAGCUUUGCUUAUUGGAUUUUGCGUUUCGGUUUCGUUCUCGUUCCUUGCUUGUCCUUCCCUCUGAAUUUGCCACUGUCCAUGACAACAAGCGUGUCUUAUUUUCACCUAAUACUUGAUAUCAUGGUCUUUGCAACUAUGCAUCAGUUUGCACAUUUGCCUUCAAGAGCUUUUCUUUGAGAUUAGACAUGUGCAAAGGAUAAUUAUUGCAUUGCUUUCUGUUCUCUUUAUACUUUGUCACUCCCAUCAUUCCAUUCAAUCCGUCUUAAUGUGGAACUUGCAUUCCAUUUGUCAACACAAACAUUUAUAGGAAAUUGAGCACAUAUUAAAUCACAGCAAAAGGGAAAUUACUUCCCCCUGAAUUUGCACAGCUCUUAUCUCUACUUGUGACCAAGUAAAUUGUAUUUAGAAACUGAAAUAUAUAUAUUAUUUUGCGGAUGAGCUUUUUAUGUCCUCUCUUGUGUAGAACAUCACGUGUGGCACAGUCAGUUUGCUGAACCGCUGUGUAUGUUCAGGACCUUGUAUAGGUCUGGCAAAUGUUUAUUCAGAAUAGCAAUUAUGAAGGUUUCGUUUCCUUUUGGUGGAACUAUUUGUACAUCUUUUUCAGUUCAUAAAUCAGUCCAUCAUUCCAUGUUCAAGACCAUUUGGAUUUCAUAGAUAACUAUGGAAAAUGCGGAGAAAUAGCAUUUAGAAAACAAUUGUAAAUAAGACAGAUCUAAAAUGAUUGUACUGUACUUUCAUAAAUAUUACUGAAUUGAUCUACACCUUUGUAGAUGUGUACUUUUGAUGAUUUAUUAAAAUGAUUAUUUUAAAACUUGCUGCAGUUUCUCAAUUUACUUACAACUUAUUAGGCUACCAUCAAUUGUUGUACCAAUGAAUUCCUUCCUAUAAUAUUAAGGGUAACGUUAUGCAUGCAGAAAUGUCAGAUAUUUAUAUCCCAAGAUCCGACCAUAACGAAACUGUCGUUUAUUUUUCUUACUUUCGAUUGCACCUGUGCUGUAUAUCUUAUCAAUAGCAAGGCUAUUUACGACGAUAGACCUAACGUUACCUGUUUCACGCAUGGGAAAAAUAUCUCCACCCUUUUCCCUCACAGGAACUAACUUGUAAAGGUGUGUGAACAAAGCAGAGUUUCAGUUACGCGUUGCUCCUCAUGAGAUAAAUUGCUUUAUUGAAAAGCCGACUAAAAUUGUAACUAGCCACAACAGGACACACUUGGGGGGGUAUGGAUGGAACACAGACUCAGGGAAGACAUGACACCCUUUCCUGGUUCACUGAGUUCCAACUGGACUGUGUCAUCAGGAAUGGGGUAGUUCCAGAAUGGUUCCAUGGCAUUAUUUCCAGGAAGGUUGCUGAGGAAAUGCUCCUGUCCAAUCCCACAGGCUACUUCCUGAUCCGUGUCAGUGAAAGCAGGAUAGGAUACACACUCUCCUAUCGUGCCACUGAUCGGUGCAGGCACUUCAUGAUCGAUGUGCUGAAGGACAAUCACUACAUUAUUGUAGGAGAGGACAUGCAUCACAGCUCACUGCAAGACCUGGUGAACUUUCACCGCAGGGGGCCUAUCAUGCCUUUCAAUGAGCUGCUGACUGUAGCUUGUGGACAGGUAUCAAAGGACAAGACUGAUUAUGCAGAACUGUUAUUCCCCAAAAGACCAGCCAUGAACCCUAAUCAUGGUGUGUUGCCAAAUAACCCCCCACACAUGAACAGUAGUACUCAUCUGAAAGUAGCUGAGGACAUUCCACCUGCCCUCCCACAUCGUCCCAGCACACUGUGUGACCCUGCCGGCCCAUCUCCAAACACUAGCAAACCACCUGUAUCUCCAAACACCCCUUCUCCCAGACUAUACCCCUGCCUGGAGACUGAGUUAAACACACUGAGCUUCCAAACCCCAAGCAUGGUAGGUCAUACUGCUAAACCAGUGCCAUUGCCCAGGAAGAUGCAUGUAGUCACCACGGCCCAGCCGGACCAACCUCCUGAAUUACCUGCCAGAGGCCCUGCUCUACCACAGAGAAAGGACAAGGACCAGAGCAGCACAACAUCUAAAGGUCCCACAGAACCCAGGACUGUGGGUACAGGCAGACCACAGACCCGACCAAACACACACCACCAGGACCCAAACUCCAACCAACAGAAGAAUCAAGAUGUAAAGUCAGUGGUCAGCAACCUGACCUACUUCAAGAGGAAGUUCCAUAAGAAGAGAAGUGCCUCUCAGGAGCACAUGUAUGCAGAGGUUAGUGUGGAGGAUGAGCAGGGGCAAGACCAGGGGAAACUCACAGCCCUGGAGGCUAGAGAUAGGGAUAUUGAUACAGCUGCUGAUAACGAGUAUCAGAUGCUACCAGGAGAGAUUGACAAUGGCCUUCCACCCAUCACUGCUGUCACCGCUGUUAGACCCACGGACAGUGGGUUACCGCCAGAGUAUCGGACCCCUCCUCCUUUUGCCCCUGGAUACUAAUGUCCACUUCUCUACCCUCAGGAUGGCUGGGUGGCCAAACGGACACAUUAAUUUUGAGAAGGCACUGAUGAGUUAAAGUUAGUCUGAAGAUUUUAUUAUUUAACUGGAUAUAUCUAGAAUCUCUUUUACAACGUUGAGAACUAUUUAUGUUUGCAACCAGCUCUGGUUAGUGGUUAGACAAUGUCCAAUGCUUUUACAGUGCUAUGUAUGGUCAACUAUUUCAUAUCAAAUGUGAAAAUACUUUUGUUUUAUUUCAUUUGGUGUGAGGAAUUAUGUUAGACAUCUAUGUAUUAUUUUCAUUAAAAUACAAUGG